AUGACCGGCCUGAAGAAGAUGUCACUUCUGGACGCGCAGCGCGCCGCGCCGGCGUGGCUGCGUCGGCUUCUGGAGACAGACAGCUUCUUCGAGCCGUGCCCGGAGCACCCGGCCGCGUGGCGCUCGACGAGGAGCGCCGGCUGCUGCAAUUUCUUCUGCACCACCUGCGCCGGCCGCGCCCUCUGCUCCCGAUGCCUCGGCGACCACGCAGGACACGAAACCAUCCAGAUCCGGAAGUCUUCGUCGCACUGCCUGGUGAAGGUGGAAGACCUCGACCACCUGCUCAACGUGUCGCAGGUCCAGACCUACGUCAUCAACGGCGAGCCGGCGGUAUUCCUCGACAAGCGAACCAUUUCGGGGAAGGGGAAGCCUGGCGUGACCAGGUGCGAGGAAUGCAGCCGUGGUCUCCACGACGCGGGCUGCCUCUUCUGCUCGCUCGGAUGCAAGGUGAUCGACAAAAUCUUGCCCGGCUCCUCUGUGGUCUGGUUUUAUGUGAAGUCGUGCAGGUUGUUAACUUCUUAUGCGAGUCGUGGUGGACUGACUGUCUGA